CGAACGGUAAAGUAGAAAAUCUCUACAUUCAGUCGUCUCGCAUAAGCGUCGGGAAAGCGCCGGCUCUCUCUCUCCCUCCCUCCCUCCCUUAGUUUCCAUCUCUCUCUACAUUUCCACUUUCCAUCUCUCCAUCCCUUGAAUUGAAUGGCAUAUAGGGGAUUUCGCAUUCAAAAGUCAGACAUACAACGACAGUGACGCGCCCCGCCAUUUCCGCUGGCUAACGGCAUUAAGUUUACCACGUGGGGUGGCAGUAAACUAAGCCAGGGAGCACUUUAGCAAUUAGAUAUGCACUGUCACUAAAUUAUUCAGUUGUGCGCAAUGAGCACCCCAUAAGUCCUAGUGUCCUACAGGCUACAAAGCGGGAGAUAGGUGAGAGCCACGAGACAGAAGUCCAGCUUUUUCCCCAGAGACUUCUUAGAGUGAGUUCGAGCGAGUGAGUGGAAGAAGAAGGCGAUGAUGAAGGAGGGAGAAUCGACUAGGAUAAUGCUCGGGGUGAACGUGUCGACACUCAAGGGGUAUCCAUAUGCAUCAAUAAGAUGCACAAGAGCAUUCGAGUGGACUCUCCAGAAGAUCGUUCGCUCCAACACCUCUGCCUUCAAGCUUCUCUUUCUUUACGUUCAUGUCCCCGACGAAGACAGUUUCUUGUGCCGCAUGGAUCAAGACAGGUGAUCCCAAAAAAGUAAUCUGCCGUGAGGGGAAGCGAGUCCAACCGGAUUUUCUGGUUUUGGGAAACCGGGGUCUUGGCCUGUUCGAGAGGAUUUUCGUAAGUACUGUGAGCGACUUUUGCGUGAAGCAUGCUGAAUGCCCUGUCAUCACAAUCAAACGCAGGGCAGAUGAAAUACCUGAGGAUCCAGCUGAUGACUGAUUGGCCUGAAAUAUGCCUGAUUUGUUACAUUCUGUUAAUAAGCUUCUGACAGUAGGCAUGAGCAUCUCUUGCUUGUAAUCACGGGAAGUGCUCAUGUUUUGUAGAUUUUGCAUUUCAUGGACUAUACAUGGCGAACCUAUGGAGAUCUGUGUUUUUCUCUAUGGUCGUCGAUUUCAUUUGCUGACUACUUUUGGAUAACGAGUAAUGCUACGUACAGUCGUGGAAUUGCAAAUGCCGUGCAAUCACUUUGAAAAAGAGUAGGGUCUACGAUUAAAAAGUUAGUUUUUUU